CCUCUCUUCCCCCCCUCUUUGCAUCUCUUUCUCUUUCUCCCUUCUCCAUCCACAAAACGAACAAACACUUUCCUCUUCAGCCCCCAACACCACUACCAAUCAAAAAAAACACUUCUUUUUCUCAAAUUACCAAACUUCAUCAUGACUGGACGCGGAAAAGGUGGUAAGGGACUUGGAAAGGGUGGUGCCAAGCGUCACAGGAAGAUUCUUCGUGACAACAUUCAGGGUAUCACCAAGCCCGCUAUUCGUCGUCUCGCACGUCGUGGUGGUGUUAAGCGUAUCUCUGCUAUGAUCUACGAAGAAACCCGCGGUGUCCUUAAGACCUUCCUCGAAGGCGUUAUUCGCGAUGCCGUUACCUACACCGAACACGCUAAGCGCAAGACCGUCACCUCACUCGAUGUCGUCUAUGCCCUCAAGCGUCAAGGACGCACUCUCUACGGUUUCGGUGGUUAAAGGUUGUCUCUCCAAGGUGGAGAUACUCCUGUAGUUGUGGCUUUUCUGAAUUUUUCUAUCUUAAACCAAUGGUGUUUGUCGUUUUCUUUUUAAAGGGGUUCUUUCUAUAUUUUUUAGGGCGGGCUUUCAAACGGUUCCUUUUUGUGUCUUGUUCGUUACCAAUUCAGUUUUCUCCUCCCUCUCCGGUCUCGAGGAGGAGGAGUGGCUCUGAGGUUGUA